AUGGCCAACAAUUGUACUUGUACUCUUACAGGAUCAUCCCCUCAUCAUCAUGAACAACACCUUCCCGAGCCACCAAUUCUUGAUACGAUUCUUGAUCAUAUCGGAAAUACACCGAUUGUGAGAAUUAAUCAGAUCACAAAAUCCGAAGGAAUCGAAUGUGAAAUAUUGGCAAAAUGUGAAUUUUUCAAUUCCGGUGGAUCCGUAAAGGAUCGUAUUGGUAAACGUAUGAUCGAAGAAGCUGAAAAGGCGGGGAUUAUUAAACCAGGAUAUACAAUUAUUGAACCAACUUCUGGGAACACCGGAAUUGGUCUUGCGUUGACCGCUGCCAUAAAAGGCUAUCGAACAAUUAUUACACUUCCAGAAAAGAUGAGUCAGGAAAAGGUUGAUGUUCUUAAGGCUCUUGGGGCAGAGAUUGUUCGUACACCAACAGAAGCAGCAUGGGAUUCACCCGAAUCUCAUAUCGGAGUUGCUAAGAGACUUAACAAAGAAAUUCCCAAUUCUGUAAUUUUGGAUCAAUACUCUAACCCAUAUAACCCUAUUGCUCAUUAUGAUCAUACAGCUGAAGAGAUCUUAAUCUCUUGUGAUGGGAAGCUUGAUGUACUUGUAGCGGGAGCUGGUACAGGAGGAACGAUUACGGGAAUAGCCAUGAAAUUAAAAGAGAGAUGCCCCACCGUUAAGAUUAUAGGCGUAGAUCCUUAUGGGUCCAUUCUCGCUCAACCAGAAGAUUCAAAUUUAUCAGUCGCUCCAUAUCUAGUUGAAGGAAUUGGAUAUGAUUUCGUUCCAGAUGCACUUAAUCGUACUUUAGUUGAUGAUUGGAUUAAAACGAACGACAAAGAUUCAUUCAUUUAUGCGCGUCGUUUGAUUCGUGAAGAAGGAAUUCUUUGUGGGGGAUCAUCUGGUUCAGCGAUGUUUGCGGCAAUUCAAGUCGCCAAAUCUCUUAAAAAGGGGCAAAGGGUUGUUGUGAUAUUACCGGAUUCCGUUCGAAACUACAUGACGAAAUUCUUGAAUGAUGAUUGGAUGAAAGAACAUGGAUUUGUUGAUGAGACCAUCAAGAAAGAGGAGGAAACAAAAAUUCAACAAUGGGGAGGAGCUACUAUUAAAGAUCUAAAUUUAAAAGUGGCCAUCACUAUUGAUUCGCAAGCAACAUGUAGGGAAGCUAUUGAAAUACUUGAACAAAAUGAAUUUGAUCAAUUACCGGUUACUUCCUCACCAAAUAAAAAAUUGGUUGGAUUAGUAACUCUUGGUAAUUUAUUGGCCAGAAUAUCUAGAGGAAGGGCAACACCUGAUUCUCCCGUCAAUGAUGUAAUGUUUAAAUUUAUUAGAGCAAAGAACUUUGAAGAGUUCACAACCGAUAUACCCUUGGAGAAAUUGACCAGAUUCUUUGAGAAGCAUAGUUCGGCUGUUAUCACAGAACGUAAAAAUGAUGGUGUACUUGUUCCAAAACAUGUAGUUACCAAAAUAGAUUUAUUAUCUUAUUUAGUUAAAGCUUGA